ACUGCCUCCGCCGCUUCUGAUCACGACGGCUCGCUACCUGCUCGUCGGUCGCUGUCGCCGCCUGCCUCGCCGCUCCUCCCCGCCCGGCGCCCAUCGCCACCUCGCCCCAGCCAGCUGAAAUUUCUGAUAGGGUUCAAUUUUCACCCUCUACGUCGGCCGUUGCUCCGUUAAUCAGGGCAGGAAAUGGCUCGCACGACCACUCCGCUCUCGGCGCUGCUCCGCGGCCUCUCUUCCCGCCCUUCCCACUCCCCCGCAUUCCACGCCGCGCUGCUCAAGUCAUCUUCCCUCUCCAGCCCCAUCCCGGCCACCGCCCUCCUUACCGCCUACGCAAAAGCCGGCCUCCCAGGCGCCGCCUCCCGCCUGUUUGACGAAAUGCCCGUGCGCGACGCCGUUGCCUGGAACGCGCUCCUUGCAUGCCAUGUCCGUCACGCGCGCUGCGGUGCCGUCGCUGAAGUCUUCCGCGGCAUGGCGGCUGCCGGGUUCGCGCCAACGGCCGCCACCCUCUGCACCAUGCUCAAGGCCUGUGCUUCCUCCCGCGCAGUCCGCCCCGGCCGCCAGGUUCAUGCGCGGACAGUUCUUGCAUGCCACGGUGAUGUCAUUAUGACGACAGCUCUUGUUGAUCUCUACAUGAGCUGCGGCUGUGUCGAGGAGGCGAAGAGGCUGUUUAUCCACACGGACUGCCCCAAGGACGUGGCGCUGUGCAACUCUGUUCUUUCAGGAUGCGUGGAGAAUGGCCAGUUCCGGGAGGCUUUCUUGAUGCUGAGGGGAAUUGAACUCAAUGGAAUCACACUGACUUGCGCUCUCACAGCUUGCUCAGCCGCAGCAAAUCUGGCAUACGGCCUUCAAGUGCACUGCAAGGUUCUCCGAUGCGGGUUUGAUUCUGAGACUGUCCUAUGCAAUGCACUUAUUGACAUGUAUGCAAAGUGUGGGCGGACAACGGCUGCACGUGUGGUGUUUGAUCGGAUGACUUGCAGAAACAUUGUUUCCUGGUCUAGCAUGAUUGAUGGUUAUAGUCGCCAUGGGCAUGGCAAAGAGGCUUUGGAUUUGUUUGAGGGGAUGGAGAAAGCUGUACCCAUUGUCUUGCCUAAUGCUAUUACAUUUCUUGCUGUUCUCUCAGCUUGUGGACACUCUGGUCUUGUGGAUGAAGGCCGGUCCAAGUUACAUCUGAUGAAAAGAAAGUAUGCAAUUGAUCCAGGACCAGAGCACUACGCAUGUUUUAUUGACAUGUUAGGCCGGGCAGGACUGAUUGAUGAGGCAUGGGAUCUCUACUGUUGUUUACAUUCGAAUAAAAGUCAGCUCCAUGGUGCAAUCUGUGUGGCUAUGCUGAAUGCAUGUAUGGCUAACAUGGAUGUGGCAAGAGGAAACAUGGUUGCUGAGCAUAUUAUGGAGGUUGAUCCACAGAAUCCUCGAAAUCUUGUGUUAAUAUCAAAUUUUCACGCUGCUGCUGAACAAUGGUCUAUAUCAGAUGGAUCAAGGAAGGUUAUAAUGGACAAGGGUCUCAAUAAAGAAGCAGCUAGUAGUCAUGUCUCCAUUGGCUAAAAUUAAUUUACACAAAUAUGGAGGUACAGUUCAUCGACUUACCUGCAUACACUAUAAGAGUGUAAUCAACAAUUGCUUUUUCUUUUAAAACAAACCUACAAAUCAAUGUUGCUAACUGGUUCGUGGCGGGGCCUUUUUUUAUAUUUAAAAUCUAUUAUUGCUUGAACCCAGCCUGAAACAUUCAGUUUAUCUUGGUUCUUAAGUGCUUAACUGGGUCCUACGACAGUUGCGAUUAUUUGAUACGUGUACAAGGACUAAAUGUGAACCAGCAUAGUGAGGUCACAUGAUCAUCAUCUGGAAUUGUCAAAAAUUGUUUCAGCAAAACUCUAUCCUGCACAGAUUAGUUUAGGUUUUAAGCAUGUGUAACUUGCACACCAAAACAGAGGUGAAAUAACCAAUUUCAACAUCUGCUUAGCUUGAUGGUUCCUGGAGAUCAAGUUCUGCUGGUACAUGAAUAUAGGCUAUGACAGUAUUCUGAAAUUAAUCGUCAAAUUUAAUAUUGGUGGUACUAACUGAAGUACAUGUCCUUUUCUGAAUAUAAUGGUGAAGUGUAAUCAAAAUUUGGAUCCUAAAGUGCAGUCAUUUAUCUGACAAAAGCCUCAUUUUACAAGUUUCCCUGGUCCUCCUAGCAGUAUAAUUACUCCAUUUAUCCCUUUGUUCAGAACAAGCAUCUAACAAUACACAUGACAGAGCAACACCACAGAGGCUUUAAGUUUCAGGACAUGUUAGUAUUUUCAUAGAUAGGGUGCAUGUGAACCUGUUAAAUCAGCGUAAAGGUACAUGUGCUAACAGGUAGUGAUCUUGGUUGAAAUAAUUCCCUAUAGAUGCUUCUGUAGUCUACAAAUCAAUAUCAUGACGAGUACACCUUGUAUUUGAACAUGCUGUGAAUCACUACCUACUUUGCAUGACAAGAUGAACUAAUUGUCUAAUUUUAUCCUCAUGCAUGUUGACAAGAACAAGAUACUACAUGAUCGUGGCUUACAUGACAUGCAACUUGGCUAUUCUUGACUUUAGCCUACUGCUAUGACAGUUUAGAAAUUACAUGGUUAUGUAUUUCUUUGAUCAGUCUAUUGAACUGAAACACAAAACACAUGAUAAUAUAAUAUUGUCCUUGGCCUGUAGUUUACUUCUAUGUGAUGCCUUGAGAAGAAAAGGUGAAAAAUAUGAGAACAGAUGCAAUGUAAUCUGCUCCUAGAAGAUUUUACGAUGGAUAUGAAAUUGGAUAUUUCAGUAUCCACAACCACACAAUAAUCUACUCCCUCGUCCCAUAUUAAUUAUUCAUCCAUUUCAGCGUCAAUUAAUAUGGGACGGAGGGAGUAUGAUGCAAUCAACUAU